AAAUCAGUUGUCUGUGACCCAAUAUCACAGUGUUUUAUAAUUUAAACAAUGGAGGAGUUACAUUCGUGUAGCUGCUGCCUGGUACGGCCCCCGGAGAAGGGGCUCAAGACGCUGUAUAAACAUCUCGGCAAAACAGAAAUAUAUUACGACAUGCUAAAAGACUGCUUCGACAUAAAUCUUGGCAUAGGGAAUGAGGAGUGCGGGAUCUGCGAUGUGUGUGUGGGGCGGCUGCGGGAGGCGAGCGACUUCAAGCUGCAAGUGAAGCGCAGCCAGGCAGAAUUGCAGGCACGGCUCAAGGGAGUAAUCACUGCCAGUGACAAGUUCAAAAUAAAGUUGGAGAAAGCUGCUGGAGAUGAAAACAUCAUAGGUGACAUCAAGCUGGAGAAGUCUGAGGUGGAGAUGGCCGAUGGCGAGGUCGUAUCAGUGGCCAUAUACGGCGGAGCACCAGGGCCUUCAGCGGAACCCAUUUCUACUGCGUCAAAACGAGUCACUUCCCCAGUGGACGAGCCUGACACCAACCCCGACGACUCCGAUCCGGCUCCGGCUCUAAGCCGCGGCCGCGGUAAAGUACACACCUGCGACAUAUGCCAAAAAACAUUCAAGAACCCUAAUGCAAAAACCAGACUCAUGAUCCAUCGCCGCUCCCACACUGGGGAGAAGCCAUACGCUUGCAAUGUAUGCGAUAAAAGAUUCAUACAAAAAAGUCAUUUAAAUACACAUUACGCAUACCACAUGGGAAAGUUUAAAUUCUCCUGCGAAGUAUGCGACAGGCGAUUCGUACAAAAGAAUGAAUUUGUUAUACAUAUGCGGAUACACACAGGUGCAAAACCGUUUUCGUGUGAUAUAUGCAACAAAAAAUAUAGACAGAAAAGUCACUUAACAGUUCAUAAAAAGACACAUUUGAAAUUUGAUCAUAGUCAAGUAGAGCCAGGAGAAAUAACAGUAUGUAAAACAGAGUUUGCAGAUGAAACUAAAGAUCAAGUAUCCGCAGACCAGCAAAUAUUCACUUGUGAUAUAUGCAAAAAACAAUUUGCAGAAGAAAGCACCUUUUACGCUCAUAAAAAUAAUCAUUCCGGGGAUUACCCAUUCACUUGCGAUGUUUGUGAAAGGAAAUUCAACACGCAGUUUGCGUUGAAAAAUCAUAAAUUCGAUCACACCGGAGGGAAACCUUACAAGUGUGAUAAAUGCAAUAAAAGAUAUACAUCAAAAUGUGCUUUAAAACUACAUUCAAAACUUCAUGAUGAGGAUUAUAAGUACGCGUGUGUUGUAUGUAACAAACGAUUCAUAAAAAAAGACGCGUUGAGUAUACACCUGCGCGUACACACGGGAGAAAAGCCUUAUAACUGUGAAAUAUGUCAAAUGAAGUUUCGCUAUAGAUGUAGCUUAAAGAGACAUCUAUUAGUCCAACACAACCAGGUUAUGGACAAACAAUUCUGUUGCGAUAUUUGUGGAAAGCGAUUUGCACUACAGGGGACUCUAGCUAAACAUAUGGAUAGACAUGCCGAGAAAGAAAUGGAAGAUAAAGCAUUAAGGGAAGGAAGAAAGGAGUAUAUGUGUGAAAUAUGUAGCAAACGAUUUUCAACAAAAGGUAUCCUAAGAAAUCACAGUAUAACACACUCUGAUGAAAAACCUUUUGAGUGUGAAACUUGUCAUAAGAAAUUUCGGAAGAAGAGAAAUUUGCAGGACCACAUGAUGGUGCAUGAGGACUUUAAACAACACGCGUGCGAAGUGUGCGGCCAGCAAUUUAGGCACAAAUCUGCCUUGACAGUUCAUGUUCGAAGAGUUCACUCAACUGUCAAGCCACAUGCUUGUGAUGUUUGUAAAAAGGCUUUUCCAGUACUUGCUGCAUUGAAAGAACACUACCGUGUUCACACUGGGGAAAGACCAUAUGCUUGCGAAAUAUGCUACAAGAAAUUUCAGCGUCAUAGUGGAGUUAAGAAACAUCUUAUAAGCGUUCACCAUGAGAAACCUACUAGAUUUAUUAAAUUAAGAAACAUGAAUAAUUGGUUUAUACGUUACAUAAUGGAGGAGUUACACUCGUGCAGUUGUUGCUUGGUGCGGCCUCCGGAGAAGGGCCUCAAGACUACGUAUAAACAUCUCGGCAAAACAGAGAUAUACUACGACAUGCUGAGAGACUGCUUUAAUAUAAAUCUAGGCAUGGGAAAUGACGAGUGUGGUAUCUGCGGGGUGUGUGUGGCGCGGCUGCGGGACGCGAGUGACUUCAAGCAGCAAGUGCAGCACAGCCAGGCCGAGCUGCAGGCACGGCUCAAGGGAGUGAUCACUGCUAGUAACAAGUUAAAAAUCAAGUUGGAAAAAGCUUCUGGAGAGGAAACAAUUAUUCGCGAUAUCAAGGUGGAGAAGUCUGAGGUCGAGAUGGAAGAUGGCGAGAUCGUUUCAGUUUCAGUGGCCGUGCAAAAGACACCGCCAGCGCCUUCAGCGGAGCCAGUUGUUACGACCAACUCUAGUUCUUUUGCAACCGCUCCGUCCCUCACCAACCUCAACAGUUCCGUGUCUGCUCCGGCUUCCAGCCACCCUAAAGAACACACGUGCGACAUAUGCCAAAAAACGUUCCACGACCCAAAUGCCAAAUCCAAACUUGUAAUCCAUCGCCGCUCACACACAGGGGAGAAGCCUUACGCGUGCAAUGUAUGCGACAAAAGGUUCAUACAAAAAAGUCACUUAAAUACUCAUUACGCACUCCACUUGGGAAAGUUCAAAUUCUCCUGCGAAGUAUGUAACGCGCGAUUUCUACAUAAAAACCAAUGGAUCGUACAUAUGAGGAUACAUACCGGUGAAAGACCGUACGCGUGUGAUAUGUGCAACAAGAAAUAUAGACAUAAAAGCCACUUAACAUUUCAUAGAAAAGGUCAUUUCGAAUCUGAUCCUGUGGACAAAAAUUACGGUUGCGAUGUUUGUGGGAAACGGUUUGCUUUACAGGGGAAUUUGUUUAAACAUAAGGAACUACACGAUGAAAAGGAAAAAGAAGGAAAGCAGGAUGACCCAAAACCAUACGAGUGUGAAAUAUGUCACAAACGAUUUGCAUUAAAAGGUGUCUUGAAAAAUCAUAGAGAAAUACAUACUAAUGAAAUACCCUUCGAAUGCGAAACAUGUCACAAGAAAUUCCGGGUGAAGAAGUAUUUAGAAGUGCACGUAAAGGUGCACGAAAACACGAAGCAACACGCCUGUGAAGUUUGUGGUCAACAAUUUACGCACCGGUCGAGUUUUAAACGUCAUAUUAAAAUACACACUGGUGAGAAACGCUUUUCCUGCGAAAUAUGUCAUAAGCGAUUCGGACGCACAACAAUUUUGCGAGACCACAUGCUUAUACAUAGCGGACUUAAGCUACACUCGUGUACAGUGUGCAAUAAGCAAUUUAGACAAAAGAAUGCUUUAGACGUUCAUGUGCGUCGACUGCACACUGACGUGCGACCAUAUCCUUGCGAUGUUUGUAAAAAAGGAUUCGCUGAACUAUCCGCCUUGAAAUUCCAUUAUAGAACGCAUACUGGGGAGAAACCGUACGUUUGUGAAAUCUGUCAAAUGAAAUUUGUUAGACCUGAAGGUGUCAGGAAACAUCUCAUACGAGUUCAUAAAGAGAAACCUAAUAAAUUUGUGGUAAUUAAAUAAUGGAUAUAUUAAC